GUGACAGGACUGGUCUCUGUGUGUGACAGGACUGGUCUCUGUGUGUGACAGGUCAGCUGUGUGUGACAGGUCUGGUCUCUGUGUGUGACAGGACUGGUCUCUGUGUGUGACAGGACUGGUCUCUGUGUGUGACAGGACUGGUCUCUGUGUGUGACAGAACUGCUGUGUGUAUGUGUGGCAGCAUUGGUCUUUGUGUGUGAAAGGACUGGUUUGUGACAGGACUGGUCUCUGUGUGUGACAGGACUGGUCUCUGUGUGUGACAGGUCAGCUGUGUGUGACAGGAUUGCUGUGUGUGACUGGUCUCUGUGUGUGACAGGACUGGUCUCUGUGUGUGACAGGACUGGUCUCUGUGUGUGACAGGUCAGCUGUGUGUGACAGGACUGGUCUCUGUGUGUGACAGGACUGGUCUCUGUGUGACAGGACCGCUGUGGACAGACAUGAGCUGGUCUCCGGCCUUCUACCACAUGAGGGAAGCUGCUCUCAUCUACAUGGACAGGAGCAGAGGUCUGGAGAAGUUUAUAGAGGACUGCAGGAAAUACAAUGAAUCAGGUCAAAGUUAUGCUGUCUAUCGAUUUGUAAUCUCUGUGAACCCCAUGGAUAUCACCGAGCUGAAUGCCACCCUUGGAAACUACAUAUUACAUGAGCCAGUGAGGGCUGCUGCGAUCUUCCAGUCGGUAUGUGAUGCUGCGGUAAGAACGAUUUCCUUGAUUGAAGAAUACCAGUCUGAGGCUCAGAUAAAUGUGAUUUUGAAGGUUACACAUCUGCCUGACCUACCUGGUUAUCACUUAAGCCUCAGAGAGUUCCCCCUGGACUACAGAUCUCAAAGACUGUAUAUGAUGGAAGGAACAGUCAUUGCUCUGUCUACAGUUAAUAAAUAUACUCAAGGAGCUCGGUUUUUGUGCUCUGAGACAAAGUGUCCCCUGUCUACAGAUUUCCGGUACAUACGUAUCCACACCCCUGGGGCGACAGAGUCAGCAACAGUGAGACAAGAGUUCUUUUGUGACUUAUGUGCAUCACCUUUAAAAGAAGACAUAAAAUACAGAGUUCUAGGUGAUAAACAGGUUGUUGAAUUCAUGGAUUCGAAGACACUGAAAAUGUUCCAAGGACAGUGUACAGCAUUUAAGAAUUACCGUUUGCAGUCAUAUGCAGUGUUCCUCAGAGAUGAAUUAAUAGACAGAAUGAAAAUAGGAGGGAGGUAUAGAGUAAUAGGUAUACCAGUAUGUGGCCUGAAUGGUUCUCAAUUAACUGUCUGUAUAGAGGCCAAUAAUAUUCAUCAAUAUAUUGCGCACAGUCCCCUUACUAUAUGCAAGGUAUUUCAAAAACUUCACUCCAAGACUCAAGGUUCACCAUGGAUUUUCACUGGUAUUCUUGCCAAUAUUUUUGCUGCACAAGUUGUUCCAGUAGGAAUGCACAACACUCUAAAACUCUGCAUUCUGCUCAGCCUUGUGCAGACAUGUAAUGAGGACAAAGAAAUUGGAAAUCCCCUUGAUCUAAUGGUUGUGACAAAUGACACACUGAUUGUAGAGAGACUGAUGAGAUACAGUAUUUGUCUUGUUCCACGUGGAGUCUGUCAUACACAUUUCAAUGACGUACUUGCUACAGUAACUAAAGAUGAACUUGGUACAGGAACAGCCAUAAUCCAUGCUGGAAGUGCUUUAAUGGCCAAAGGUGGAGUGUGCUUUAUUGGAGAUAUCAAUAGUCACAAAAAAGAGAAACUUGAUCUUUUAUUAUCAGUUUUGGAGAACAGGAAUACCACUGUAUUCAUACCUGGGAAGAAAUAUGGCGAUGGUGUUGACCAGCAGAUAUACAUUCCUGUUCAGUGCAACUUCUGGUCAUAUGCAGAUUUAUCAAAUUAUUCCAAAAAGUGCACUACCAAGGAACCCACCUUUAUAGGUCAGAUGGAUUUAAGUGCUAUACCAUCACAUCUUAUUGAUGCAUUUGGAGCAUUAAUAAACUGCAAUCAGAUAUCUCAUACAUCUCCAGUUGUUUCCCUCGUACAGCAUAGUCUAAUAAAAGCCAUAAGGCCUGGAGCAUUUCUCUGUCUGACAGCCCAGCGGUUUACAACCCAGGACUUUGAAGAGCUUAUUGGGUAUGCAAAGAAUUUACAUGUAACAUUUAGCACUGAAGCAGAAGCUCUGCUACACAGCUAUUAUUUGGCAAGUAGAAGAGUUAGAACGGACUCAAAUGGUUCAAAAGUAUUAACGUCAGCACUGAGACAUCUGACCUCAGUGGCAGAAGCUCAUGCAAAGUUAAGUUUACGAAGAGUAGUGACAGAAGAAGAUGCUUUGGUAGCCAUUUUAUUAUUUGAAGCGUCUCUUACAUUGAAACAUGGGAGUUCUGUGUUUGGGGUAUGCCAGAAUCCUCUCUUCCCAAGUGAGAUUAUAGAUGAAGAUAGUUUACAGCAAAGAGAUGAAUACCUGAGAAAAUACCAACAAGAAUUGAGGCAGUUCAUAUUUACCUAUGGUCCUGCAUCUGUCAUUUUAACUGAGCAAUAAAUAAUAAAAACACUAG